AUCUCCGGACACAUUAUGGUGUGACACACACGGACGUACACAGAACAGCAUGGCAGAAUGAGCUGCCGCUAAACCUUAAGGAUCGCUCAUGAAAACGGAUGAGAUAAGGUUAACAGUUUGUCUGGGCUUCAUUUAUAUAGUAAACUAAUAAUAUCCCGUCUGUCUGGAUAGCAACACAUUUGCUUUAGACAGACCGUCGCUCAAGUGAAACUUUCCAGGACGCGGCGUGGUUUCGAACAACUUGACGCAAACUCACCAGUCGUCCAUAAUGAAGGUGGUUUUUAGAGAUAACAGCGCUAAAGCUGCUACAGCUAAAACCCCAGGCACGGCGGCACCAGCUCCGAAGAAAAAAAUGAAGAUUUUCUUUAAAGAUACUCGCAGGAAGAAGCAGGGAGGACCUCAACCCGUCAAUGCCCCCCUCGCACCCCCAUCAGACCCAAAGCAGUUCUCUGCCAACUGGAAGGCUUUAUUAGAGAUCAUGAAGGCUAACCCAGAGCCGAAGGCGCAGAAGAGUGAUGUGCCCAAGAAACCCUCUCCCAAAGAGGUUAACGGUACUACCAAACCUCUUCCUCCAUCGUCUUUGACAAACGGAGGAAAAGCAGCCAAAUCCAAAACACUGAGUAGUAAAGAAACGGUUACACCGGCAGAGGAACGUAAUAAACCAACCAAGAAGAGGAAAGGGACCGGAGGGAAAGACGAAAAGAAACCAGCCAAGAGGAAAGAGAGUGGAGGAAAAGACGAACAGCAGCCAACCAAGAGGAAAGCGAAGGAAGGGAGAGACGACCAGCAGCCAGCCAAGAGGAAAGCGAAGGAAGGGAGAGACGAACAGCAGCCAACCAAGAGGAAAGCGAAGGAAGGGAGAGACGACCAGCAGCCAGCCAAGAAGAAAUACAAGGGGGGGAAAGACGGACACCAGUCAGACAAGAAGGAGAAGGAGGCCCAGGAGCCAAGACCCCCAACUGACGCCGACCUGUGGUUCGACGACGUGGACCCGGAUGACAUCGAGGCGGCCGUGGGGAAGGAGGCGGCUGACGUGGUGAGGAGGAGGACGGUCCAGAAGAAGGCCCCCCAGGACGCUGAGGACGGCCUGGUCAAGAGCCACGCCUUCACCGGGCUGACGCGUGCGGUGGCGAUUGACUGUGAGAUGGUGGGGGUGGGGCCAGACGGCGAGCACAGCAUCCUGGCCCGGGUCUCCAUCGUCAACCACUUCGGGAAGCUGAUCUACGACCGCUUCGUCAAGCCGACCGAGGAGGUGACCGACUACCGCACGGCCUUCAGCGGAAUCCGACCCGAGGACAUCAAAGACGGUGAGGAUAUGAAGACUGUUCAGAAGGAGGUAGGAGAGAUCAUGGAGGGAAGGAUACUGGUCGGACACGCAAUACACAAUGACUUAAAGGUCCUCUUCCUAGACCAUCCCAAGAAGAAGAUCCGUGACACCCAGAAGUACAAACCCUUCAGAGUGAGAGUUAAGAGCUCCCGACCGUCCCUCAAAGUUCUGUCCAGAGAGGUGCUGAACGUCAAGGUUCAGCAGGGAGAACACUCCUCAGUGCAGGAUGCCCAGGCCACGAUGAGGCUCUACACGAUGGUGAAGAAAAACUGGGAGGCCGAGAUCAAAGCCAGUCGGGCCGAUAAGGCCGAGGCCAGGAAGCCCCGCCCCUCGGCCCUCAAGCCCCACCCCUUCAAAGACAAGUGACCCCACAACCCCCCUAACCCCACUGACAAACAAUUGGUUGCGACGCCAUCGCAGCAGAUGAACAUUUAUUGUGAGAGAAAAAGACAAGAUGAACACGAACUGGAAAAAGUACAACAAACCAGAGAAACUUUCAAAGAAAAAGUCCAGUAAAAAAGUUUGCAAUGUUAUUAUAAUGUAUAGCUGUAUUAUUAUAUAUGUAGCUUUAUUACUUCAGUUCACUGAGUUUUAAAACUAACAUGUAUAGACGAUAUACGUUAACAGUAGAUCCUAUCUACACCGAGCAGCUGUUGUUUGAUUAGUUCCCCAAAGGUCGUGUUCUGUGUUUGUGUUCUCAAUAAAGAUGAUUUUAAACAAUG